AUGCCAGCAUGCCAAGAAUGUCAUCGUGUAAAGGUCCGUUGCGACAGGGAUCAAAGUGAAGGAAGGAGUUGUUCUCGAUGCCUUCGUCUGGAAGUGGAUUGCAUCGCUCGCGUCUCGCGUCAAGGGCAAGGACCCAAGAGGAGGAGAAAGCUUUCUAUCUCAACAACAGCUUCGGAAGAGCAAGAUCAUGCCAUGGCCAUUGAUAGUCAACCGCAACAACAACAACAUGGUUCGGAAGAUGGCCAAGUUUUAGACGCCAUCAUGAUGUCCACGCCGUCCGAAGAAACUAGUUCGCUCAAGUUCCACUACGGCAUGCGGUACUUGAUUCACUCAUGGACGUCCUUUGCGUUGGCACGGCGAUCGUUUCCCCUGCUGAGCCGUGCCAGUCGUCUAGCUGCCAAAUGCGAAGUACCCAUGGAUGACAUCUUUUGCGCUUCACGGCAAGACAUUAUUGAUCCCAUCUUGUACGGUGGUACCGGUAGUACUACACAGUCAGUAGCAGCAGCACCCUUUCAACAGAACUCGACAUUGCAGUGGAACGACCUACCCACAGCGCUCUUGCAAGUCUGUGGGGCUUCCAGUGACAGGGAUCGACAAAACCGAUAUAUGAUGGUACGGGAAGCCAAGAAUGGACACUCACGCUUUCUCGUGUCAGACUGUUUCCAGCAAGAAAUUGCCUCUCUAUGGUUGAUGGAACAAACUUGGAAAGCCAAUGACAAGCCCGUCGUGACGCUGUUCUUGCAAGGACCCACAGACUUUGACAAGUUUACCAAAGCCAUACAUUAUACCUUGUCUCGCUACAACUAUCCAGAAAAAAAGCCCGAAUGCGUCCGAGUCAAUGGAGUUUAUGUCAAGUUUCAAAAAAUGCCCAACACGUGUGGUGACAACAAUGUCCUCAUCCAAAAGAUGGACCUGGUGUAUGCCCUUGAGAUUGUGACAUUGGAACAUUCCUUCUACAUUUGCGAGUUGGUACAUCCCAAAAAGGGGGAUGGACACAUUAUUGUGGGUGCCGCACAGGACAAUAAUCAUGGUGCCAGCAUGGAACAGGACCGGGGCCAUGUUGAGCCUGUAUCCACAUGUAGUCAUCAGCAGCAAGCCAACCAAGAGCCAGUGUUAAUGUCAGAUUCCGAUUCGGAUCCACUGCAUUUGUUCGACAAUCUCGUGCCUUUGGAGCAAAUGGAUCCAGAUUUUGAAUCCUUCUUGGCAGUGCUGAAGGAAUGA